AUGGCAGAGACUUUCGGUGUUAUCGCUGGCGCCCUAAGUGUCGCCGCUCUCUUUAACAACUGUGUCGACUGCUUUGAAUAUAUUCAGCUCGGUCGCAGCUUUGGGCGCGAUUUCGAAAGAUGCCGGCUCAAGCUAUGCGUAAUCACGACGCGCCUCAGUCGAUGGGGCGAGGCAACAUCGGCGCGAUAUAAACUCAAGGUCACCACGCAGGAACUAGCCCUUUAUGAGGACAAGGAUAUGCAGCCCGCCGGUCAAAGAGUACACCGCCGGCUCCAAGACAUUACAAAAAGCGACGAGUCUCGCAAAAAGGCUACCUGGGCAUUAUAUGACGGGAAAAGUCUCGAGAAGGUGAUAAGCCAAAUGACCGAGUUCAUUAGCGAACUUGAGGCGGUGUAUCCAAUAGAUGCUAGUUGUCAAAGGUUGGCCGAGAUGGAGAUUGAAGAAGUCGAGGAAGAAGCAAGUCUUCGGGCGCUGGAAGACGCUGCGCGCGAGGUCGACGGUGUUUUAGCAGCUGCCACCCAACACAAGAUCAGCGCUAUUGUUGGAACAAAUUCUGCCAAGGACGUAAAGACCGAGGGCUCCGCAAGGGUUCACAUUGGGACUGGACGGGGUGGCAAGAUUAUCAGUGGCCGUAUCGAUAACUCGGCCGAGAUGAUACUAUCAACGGGUACAUCCGCAGUCCAGGUUGGGAACACGUUAGCUAGUAGUACCGAAAGCAAGAAGGGUGAAAGCAAUACCGUUGCAGGGCUCGAACGAUGCCGUGAGAUGCUCCAGCCGUUCGAAUUCAUUGCCGGACAGGCUAGGAAGGCCAUGGUAGGCGAGACGUACUCGCCUGUGCAUCUUCUCCGCCUCAUCGAGUUUGCCCUGCUUACCCUGGUUGGCGUAGAGAGCGCCUAA